UGUUUUUUUUUUUUUUUACAAUUAAAUAUCUCGUAGUGUCGAAUACAAAACUUCGCGAAGGCAGGUGUACAUAAUAUAUAUAUUAUAUAUAUAUAUAUAUAUAUAUAUAUAUGUAUGUAUAAUAAUAAUACGUGGCCGUGUGCAGAUAGUAUAACAGUGAACAGUGUCGGCGCAUAUCUAUCUAGUUGUUUUUUCCUUUGUUUUUCCUUCCUUCCUUCCUACCUUCCUACCUUCCUACCUUCCUUCCUUUCUUCCUCUUAUACUGGUUAUUACUUUUUCGUGAUUAUUUUCCUCAUUUAUACUACGUUCCAGUGGCAGAAACUCUGGGAAAAGGAAAUAGUAGUAUCCAGCACGAUUAACGCAGGUGGCUUGUGUCACACGGCUUUUGUCAAGAUAAUGCGAAGCCUGGAAAGAUUGUCUGGUAGCGAUCAGGAUUGUGGUGAUCAGGAGAUGUACAUCGAUUUAGACGACGCUUCCGUUGACUCGCUUACAGGGAAACGAAGUCGCCAUCAUGUUGUUGGCACCGAGGUGGGAGAAGAGAGUGACAGUAGCGGUAGCGAGAGGAGCCCGAAGCAAGCGAAAAGAAGAAAUCGCAGUGGGCCACCAACGACGCGGAGACGGAAGAGCGGAAUUUCAGCACGCGAGAGAAACCUCAGAAGGCUCGAGAGUAACGAGAGAGAAAGAAUGAGGAUGCAUUCGCUUAACGACGCGUUCGAGCAAUUACGCGAAGUAAUACCGCACGUCAAAAUGGAGAGGAAGCUCAGCAAAAUAGAAACAUUAACGCUGGCUAAAAAUUAUAUUAUGGCGUUGACGAACGUUAUAUGCGAGAUGCGUGGCGAGGAACAACCCUACACAUUCGUUGACGGUGAGUGUGGGUCUAACAGCGGGGACAGUACAGGUCAGUUAGAACUUAGCAGUGGUGAACAACUCGAAGAGGCAUCUCCAGCGUCUAUACUUGAGACAAACAACAAUAGUUUACUACACGAAGAUUUAGAACGCAGGAUACCUUAGCCGUUUUAGCUUUGAAAAGCUAAGGGUCGCUUUUGCUUCUUCAACAAUAAGACCCCUGGUAUUCGGUGAAGAAUUUAUUUUCUAUAAAACUGUCGGCAGCAAAUAUCGAGAUUUGCAGAACAGGAAGCGAUACCUCGCAGGAAAGUUUAACCAAAAACCCAGAGAAACGAAGGACGAUGAUGAUGAGGAGGAGAAAUGAAUAAGUAGGUGAUCAAAUAAAAUGGAAGAUGUGAGAAACGAUCUUCUUUAGACUCGUAUGCACGGAUAAAAGUGAACAGAGAACGAGAGAGA